GGUUUUCAUCAAAUCUGUUCGGUGAGGUUAUACAACUGGUCGGCUGAAAUUGCAUAUGUGGAUAUGUCCAUCCGUUGGUACCUUUUAACGAAUCUUCAUCAAAGACCAGUAGCAUGAGCAAGCUGAUCUGAUACAGUCAUGUCCAGAGCUCCGCGGCAGAAUAUCAAAUCAACAAAUCGACCUUGUCUUGAGUAGCCGGAACAGCCUUCUGAUAAAUCCGCAGUCACGAGCAGGCCAUUGCUCCACCGUCCACCCAGUUGACGGCCAGGUCGUCCACUGAAUCGUGACCCCCCGCCGUGCCGACAGCCGACCAGGCUUUCCGUUGUUCCUAUACCCAUUCCACGCAACGGAGCCCAUAAUUGUGCACACGUGAGAGAGAGGAUUUAAAGUUGCUCUCCAAGUUUUAGAGGGAUUUAGUGUUGCUCUCCACAUUGUACACAAGAAACAGAGAGGAUGGAGGUGAGGGCUAGAGCGCCAGCGAAAAUCAUACUUGCUGGAGAACAUGCGGUGGUGCAUGGAUCCACUGCUGUUGCAGCUGCCAUCGAUCUUUAUACCUACGUCACCCUUAGCCUGUGUAACCCCUCUAAUAAUGAGGAAUCACUGACGCUCCAACUAAAUGAUGUGUCCUUGGAAUUUUCUUGGCCAGUUGUAAGAAUUAGAGAUGCUUUUCCUAACCUUGAUAGCAGUGUUGCUUCCUCUCCCUCGUCGUGUUCAUUGGAAACACUUAAAUCGAUUGCUUCAUUGGUAGAAGAACAGAAAAUUCCUGAGGAGAAGAGUGGGCUUGUUUCUGGUGUCUCAGCUUUUCUGUGGCUGUACACCUCCAUUCAUGGAUGCAAGCCAGCAAAAGCAGUUGUGCAUUCUGAACUCCCGAUGGGUGCAGGUCUGGGAUCAUCUGCUGCCCUUUGUGUUGCACUUUCAGCUGCCAUGCUUUCUCUGUCAGACUCUAUUAGCUUAGAUUUCAGCCACCAAGGCUGGCAAAUAUUUAGAGACUAUGAACUGGAGUUGGUAAACAAAUGGGCAUUUGAAGGUGAAAAGAUUAUCCACGGAAAGCCAUCUGGGGUUGAUAACACAGUAAGCACAUAUGGGAACUUGAUCAAAUUUAAGUCGGGUGAUUUGACUUGCCUCAAGACUAACAUGCCAAUUAAAAUGCUAAUCACCAACACAAAAGUUGGCAGAAAUACGAAGACCUUAGUAGCUGGUGUCUCAGAGAGGACAAUGAGGCAUCCAAGUACCAUGGCUGCAGUUUUUAAUGCAGUAGAUUCCAUUAGUAACGAAUUAGCUUCCAUUGUCCAGACACCCGUUGCUGAUGAUCUUGCAAUAACUGAGAAGGAAGAAAAAUUGGGAGAACUGAUGGAGAUGAACCAAGGGUUGCUUCAGUGCAUGGGUGUUAGUCAUUCUUCUAUAGAAACUGUGCUUCGAAUAACAGAAAAGUACAAACUACCUUCCAAGUUAACUGGAGCUGGUGGAGGAGGUUGCAUUUUAACACUACUACCAACUCUCCUAUCAGGAACAAUUGUUGAUAAGGUGAUUGCGGAGCUAGAGACCUGUGGGUUUGAGUGUCUAAUUGCUGGUAUUGGUGGAAAUGGUGUAGAGGUUUCUAUCACUGGAUCAUCAUUAUAAUACAUGUAUGUAUGUGUGUGUAUACACACACAUGUAUAUACAUAUAUUUAUGUAUAUGUAGAAGAAUCUGCAAUUUAUCUUCCAUCUUCAGAUUCUUAGAAACAAAAGAACUACAUUGAAGAUAUAGAGCAUGGAACAAGCAUGUAAAUGUAAAACUUCAAUGGUAUUUUUUCCCCUUUUUUAAAAAGUGUUGGACUUUGGUUCUGAGUUCUCAUGAGGAGGUUUGAAUCCUAACUUUAUUUGUUUAUUUCAUACUGAUCAAUGAAAGUGUGUUGUUAUAUUCAAUUAUUUCCACAAAAGUAUUAAACAUCAAUCCGCCUAAGAUUUGCCAAGACCAUCAAUC